AUGUUCCAAUCAAUAAGAGAUUCACAUGAGUGCAAUUACUAUACUUACAAGCACGCGAGGAUAUUUAUGAAUUUUAAGAAGCAUACAAACCUAAAAACCUAAGGCUGAAAGUAUUCAAUGGCAUUUAUUGAGUCCAGAGAAAUUUGAAUGGGAAAGAGAAAAGAAAACUUCUUGUUCUGUGUUAAUCAAGGCUUUAGAUGAUUGGAGUGAUUUAUGCAUGGCUCCCUCUACAUAGACAAAUUUUGAGAAUAAGCUUAGAUUAAUAAAAGCUAUAAGUUUUUUUUCCAAAUCUAUAUAGAGUUAGUUUUUCAUUUAUCCAGGACAAUUAUAUUUAAAGGAGAAUUACAAUAUGGUAGUCAUAGAAAUGAGAAAUUCAAUCUUGGAUAGCAAACUCUAUGAUUUGAUUGCACCAACUUCUCUCUUGACUUGGUCAAGAUUCAUGCAAUAUCAAAGGGAAGAGAACUAACACAUUUAUUAGACAUAAUUCAGUAACAUAUAAUAAUCAAUAUAUUGA